AUGCCCUCGUCGAACCGGGGAUGGCAGAACGGAUGGUUCUACCUCCGGAACGACAGUGGGCUUCUCCCAGAGUACACCGGGAGGAUGGUGGUCGAGUGCCCCGAGAAGUGGGGGCGGGGUGCCCCCACGGACGAGCAAAAGAGGCUCGACGUCCUCCUCGCGGGCCUCAAGAAGCUCCGUCGCGCCGGGGACCGCGGCCACGGUGGCGGUGGCUUUCCACAAGCGGAGCCUACUGCCUCUGGCGCAAUGGAUGGAGUUUAUGUGGGAGAUGACCCUGGAGACCCCCUAGGUCAGGACACGGAUGCUGGAGGCGCUGGUGUCCGCGACGGAGAUCGACACCCGGAUUUCGAGGACCAUAUCCUCGGAUCUGAAGGAAUCCCGGGUGGGGAUGGGCAUCGUCCGGUACGCUCUGCCCCAGUCCCUAAAGACAAGGAGCUCCGGGCUAAAAACCGGGCUCGGAACGAGGAGCAGAAAAGGGCCAAGGAGGAGAAGAAGGCAAAGAAGAUAGAGGGCGUAGAAGGGCCACAUUGGCUCAACAAGCUUGCUGACGAGGAGGAUGAGGACGAGGACGAGGACGAAGGGAUCCUCCCCGCUGGCGGGGGGACCGAGGCCCUAGAGGGGUCGAGGGCCCGAGGGGGGUCAGAGGCCCCUGAGGGGUCUCAAGUUCCAGGAGGCGUGAGAGUCGCCCCCUAUAUUAUUGUCGAUGAUGAGGAGAACGGAGCCCCGCAAGGGGGCUCAGUCCCGCCGGGUCCCCAGGAGGGGGAAAGGGCGCCGGGCGGAGGACUCGAGGCGCCCCAGGAGCCAGUGGCACUGGAAGGCCCAACCGAGCCCCGUCCAGCAGCUGGGGCAGAGGCGGAGAGGUCAGCUGAGGCGUCGAGGGCCGAGACGACCAUCGGAGCCCCCGUGCCUUCUCCAGGGGAGACGGGCGCUCGCCCGGUGACCCCGAGUGCUCUGGGAGGUGCCCAGGGAGCUCCGAGCUCCCAGAAGAGCGCUGCCCCGUGGGUGAGCCGGAAGCACAAGGUGGCUUCAGUGGGGCUUACACCCCUGAAGGCCAUGAAGAGGGGGGCACUGUCGACCCCCGGGUCGGCCAGACCCAGGUCGCCGCCCCCUUUGAACCGUGAAGAGGGCGAGUGCCCCCAUGAGGAAAGGGAGCAGGAGACGGGGCGGACGACGCCGGACCCCGCAGCGAAGGAGGUGGAAGAGCCAAGGCCCCAGGAGCCGGAGGAAACAGUCCUGGCUCUCGGGGUCAUUCCCCCUUUAGGGGACAUGGAUCUAGGGGGCGCGUCCCGGCUCGGUCAGGCUGAGCUUGGUCACGCUGAGACAGACCUCGGUGCGGUGCCCCCAGCAAGGCCUUACGGGAAGGGUUUGGCCCGACCCGAGGCUCCCACAGGGGAGGGAGGAGGGAGCAUGGCCUGGGAUCAGAGUCCCGUGAUCUGGCCCAACCCUGACGACCCGGAGGGGAGGGCUAGGUUCGUCCUGGACGACCCAUCGGAGGCCUACCUCUGA